AAUAUGACGCUUCGUACUAUAAUCUUGUACGUUUUUCAACUGGCCGGAGCAGCAAGUGUUGAUGUUGACCAGUGGUGUUACAACCCAUCUGGUAAUGAUUGCACUUGGUACAAAAAGUGUCUUGUGAAACGAUUUCCGUGUGAAGCUUCAGGUGAUUCUUACGCAAUAGCUUUCGGUGAUUCCAUAUGUAAUGACUUUGGUAAAUAUCAAGCUGAAUUUUCUGACCUCGGAAAACGUUGGAUAGACGAAACAAGAGCAUGCCUUCAGAAACAACUUGCACCUGUAUUAUUCAAAGAAAAGUUAACAUGCCAGGAGAUUCAAGACUACGCUUUUCAGACACACCCAAUCUGCUAUAACAUACCUCCACCAGGGUCUCCGUCAUUCUGUGAUCUGCCGUUCUCGGACUGGUUACAUAUCUCGUGGAUUGUCAAACAAAGUCUCUUUCGUGAAACAUUGCAAACUGUGAAACAGAUAUUUCAGAUUCUUGGGCAUUGUGCGUUCACUUUUCUGUUUUAAAAGUAAAUUUUCACUCUUCUUUAAUGAAAUUGUUAGGAUAUGUAAAGCCAUAUUGUUAUAUUUAUGAUAAAGUAUAUUAAAUCUAUAUGAUUAUAUAAUAAGGUGAUAACGUUCACGCUCAUUAAAACCUUUCCUUUACACUUGUAUUAUUUUAACCAUAAUUGUUAAGUCUGUGACAUUGCUAAAAUCCUUACAUUUGUAUAACAAAGGUCUUAAUUUUAUGUAGUAAAAGCAUCCAUAAUUAAUCAUCUUUAUCUUUGCUGUCACGCCAAGUAGAGUAAUUGAUAGAAAAUUUAACCAAGGUAGACAUUUUCUUUAAUAUUUGUCAUAAUGCGUAAGAUUGACAUUUUAUAUUGUAUUCUCCAAAUUUUAUCGUUGAAUAAAUAUCAGCUGACAAUUGUUGAAUAAAUAUCAGCUGACAAUCUAUACAUAAUCAUAGUUAACAAAAACCUGUAAGCUCGGACAGGAUAAGUUUCUCUAUUUUCAUUUAGAAAGUAAUGUUAAAGUGUUAAAAUUUAUAAAGAAAAGCAAACAUUCUCCUUGAUCAUUGACUCAAAUACUUUGAUGUGUUAAAGAUUGAAUACUGCGUUAGCAGACGCUAGUUCCGUGGGAGAUUCUGCAU